GCCGCUACACUGGUGACCCUGCAUACUCAGAAGUGUUCAGCCUUACAGUGGAAAUGAGACUAAUGAUCUGUGAAUAUAUUAUUGCCAUGCCACCUGCAUUGGACACAAGCUUUCACGCCAAACGUCUAACUCCUCUAAGGAGCUCUGGUGGACUGACCGCAUAAAGAGGAACUGUCUGAAGCAUCUGUGCUCUCGCUGCCUUUCACACCAUGAAAUUACCAACUGUGCUAUUCUACGUCUUGGCCUUGGCUGGCUUCUUCGCGAUCCAGGUAACAAAUGCAGAGUCUUUUUCAACUACAAAGGCAACAACCCAUUUCAUAACGACUAACGGACCAACGAACACCCCUACGACGGUGCCAUCAAAAGCCAGCACCACAAAUGACACAACUCCAUCAAAUACAACCACAAUGACACCAACAAACCACACCUCUUCAAGGGUAACGACUGUCACCACUACACUUUCUCCAAACAUCACCACUACACUUCCUUCAAACAUCACCACUACACUUCCUUCAAACAUCACCACUACAGUUCCUCCAAAUCCUAGAACCACAACGAUGCCACCAAACACCACCACUUUCAUUCCAUCGAACAUCACCACACCGACGGUGAUGAAUGCCACCACUACCAUUAGACCUUUAAAUGCCACCACUGUGAUGCCUUCACACAGAACAUCUACAGUACCUUUAAAGACUACCACCACAGCGAUGCCACCAAAUGCCACUCAUGUGAUGCCAUCAACCACCACAAUAUCUGCAAAUGGCACUAUCACAAUGAUGACACCAAACAGCUCCACUGUGGAUCUAUGGAGAUCGACUUCUGGGACUUUAUUGGACAACACGAUGACAACGGGAACAAACGUUACCAUGGAGAUUCCGUCAGCUACAGCUACUACAAUACAACAAUACGACAACAUUACAGUAGCUUCUAACAAAACUACCAUGUCUCCUAGAACAACACGAUCCAGCAGCCCUGAUGUUCACUCUGAUCUGAUCACCUGUACGCUGCCAGUUCUACUUUAUCUAUUGUGGAACUGAACAAUUUUCAGUAGCAUGAGUCCAAGUGUUUUAUAUCUGUUGUAACACUUUUUAUCCAUUUACAGUUACAUUUAAGUUUCUCUUCUCACUUACGUUACAGCAGCUGUAAGCAGUCUCUCUCUUGUUUCUUUCCCUUGAAGUUAAUAAGACAAAAGUGAAGGAGCUGUUACUAUAGAAAGAAUAACGUAUUCAAACGAGCGCAUUAUUAUAAACCUGUGAUUUGCAGCUGCACUAGUGUCAGACUUUUUAAAAUUAAUUAAACAUCUUGUGAAUCCAGAAUUCAGCAGCAAUGAGGUAUAAUUCGCUUUACAGUCUACGUAUGUAACAGCCAUGCUUUAGUCUCCUUAACCACAAAAAUGUUAAGCUGAAGUUUCCUUCUUGCUAAUUAAGGUCUUUGUUGUCAGUCUGAGACAUCAGAAUAAUGUUGUAUAAAAAGUAUACAGUAAGUAAUAUCUAAUUAGAUCAAAAACAACUGCUCACUGAUAUGAUUUUAUUUCUAUAAGUGAGCAAUUCUGUGCACGCUAUUGUUUUAUUAACCAACCUUACCAUCAUAAACACACACACACAUACACACAGAGACUUUAUUUCCUGUUUAAUGAUUCAUUACCUCUCCUGAGGAAAAAAAAUCAAAUUCUCUUCAAGGUCAUGUCAUAGAAAUUGCCUUGUAAUGAGCCUGAUUACUAAAAAUAAAAUUCUUUUAAGAACC